AUGUAAAGAUAUAAUUCACUAACUGAUUUAUAAAAUUCUAAUUUAGAAGACAGUAAUUAUUUAUAUAUAGAUUUUAGGGGUUAAAGCUUUGCAUCGGGUUUUGGUGCAUGCUUAUCUAAAUGUUUAAAUUUAGAAGAUUUAACUCUUUCUUUUGUAAAUUAGAAAGAAAGAGGAUUAUUUGAUUUAGAUGCUAGUUUGAGUAAUUGUAAAAAGCUAAAUAAAUUAACAAUAAUUUUAUCAUAUAAUGAAAUUAAUGGUUAAGAAUUAUUUGAUUUAUGCUUUACUUUUUCUAAAUUAAAUAUCAAAUCUUUGGUUUUAGAUCUUAGCUUCUUGGAACCAUAAUACAUUUAAAUUAAUGAGCUAGCUAAUUAUUUAGGAUUAGGAUUGGCUGAAUGUAAAAAUAUUUAGAUAAUGUAAUUAAAUUUAGAAAGAAAUUUAGUUGGAGAUAAGGGUUUGUGUAGUAUAGGAUCAGGAUUAGGUUAAUGUGAGCAGCUCUAAAGUUUAAAAUUAAACCUUUCAUGGUUUUCUAGAUUAGGUAAACUUUAUAAUAAUAAUCUUUAUAUUCAUGACGAAGGUGCUUGUGGCUUAGGAAAUGGUCUUGCUUAAUGUAGAAAUCUAAGAACUCUAAAAAUUGACUUAGGUAAUAAUAACGUUGGAAAUUAGGGAGCAUAUAAUUUAGUUAUAAAUUUAAGCCAAUUAGAGCAUUUAAACCACUUAAGACUGAUAUUUACUAAAGAAUACAAAAGCCUACAAAUAUAAAACAAAAUUUAUAAUAAAUUAAGAAAAUCAUUUAGGAAAUUAGUUUAUUUUAAAUUAGAUUUCCAUAGAGAAGACAUAGGCUGA